CAUGACCGGAACUAUACACGCACAUUCUCUCGCCCCACGUUGGCACACAUUGCUAACGAUAACACUUUUUUUACUUAGUGUUGUGAAUUCAUUAAUACUCACAUUUAUAGUCAUGCCGAAAGCUAAGAAGUCCGGCAGAAAGAAGAAGUUUGAUUAUGGUAGGGACCGGAAGAAGCAGAAGAAGAGGUUUUUGAAGAAGGCCAACCCGAGGAUAGACAAUAAAGACAUUCGAGAAGCAUGGGACCAAAGGAAGUCCACAGCCAGGAACCUGAUGGAGAUGGGACUAGCAUUUGAUCCAAACCGUAGUGUACCCAUCAAGAAAGAUAGUCUCCUUGGUCUGAAAAAAGAGACGAAAGCCCCCGUCAACAUUGUGAUCAAGCCCUAUGUUGUCAACCGUCUGGAGGAGGAGGCCAGCCUGCCGGUGAAGGACACCAAGACGUUAUCUUCUGACUUGAUCGAGUAUGUUCAACACAUGAUCCGAGAACACAGCGAUAACUACAAGGCAAUGGCCCGCGAUGAGAAGAACUACUAUCAGGACACGCCCAAACAGAUCAAGAGGAAAAUCAACGAGUACAAGCGCUGCCACCCGGAUCACUAUGACUCCUUCAUCAGCUCGCUCGCCUCUCCUACACUGACUUUGCAGUGAUGGCUUCACGCUGGGAGGACAUUGCAGACUCCACAAGUGAGAGUAAAAAAAAAAAAUCUCUGAGUGCUAAUUAUUUUCAGAGACUGUCACCAAACCUGUCACAAGAGACCGUCGAUUGGCGUGCUGUGACAUCAUUUCUUCCACAAGAGGACUUACAAAUGUUACAAAAAAACAGUAACCCUCAAGUGGUUUAAAAUAAAUAUUGUGUAUAUCCUUACUCAUUUGUCGCUAAUGACAAAAAGGUUUGCUUUUUUGUUGUUGGCUUUUUUACACUUGAAAUGUGUCUGUUUAAUUGGUGGCUGGUUGACAUCACCACAGCGUCACAGUUCGAAAGGUUAACCCAACCCAUCCCUCAGGAUGGGGAUCUCCAACAUUCAUCUCUAUUACAGCUACUUUGCUUUUAUUUUUAUAACUGACAUUUAAAGUGUACUUUAUUUACAAACCAGAUCCCCACUCACACAGUGCAGUCAUUGUCUCUUGCUAUGUUGUGGUAAUUGGUCAUGACAUCGGGGCACAGUGUUCGGAAUUGAACAGUUGUAAAGAUACUAAGAGUUGAAGCAAAUAUUCUUUGGUGAGCUACCUUUAAAUGGCCUCACUCAUUUGUCCCAUAUUUAUGCCUAACUUGAAUGUGUGUGUAAAAUCACAACCACGUCUGGUUGAACUGCUUGUGGACUUUUGCCCAGCCAACAAAUCCCAUUGAUUACACUGUAUAGAUUGAUGCUUGUGAGCAAUAAUAUCACACAUGUUAAAUUUCAAUGCAUACGGCCUUAUUUUUAACGCUGAAACAGUAACAGGAGACAGGACAAGGACAAUAUAAAUAUUUAAUAUUUUUCAACACAUUUAAAAUGUCUUAUGACAUGCACAAACAUUACACCAAACAGCUCAGUUUGCAUCAACACAUAAAAAGACCCAUGCAGCUAUAACCCGCCCAUUACCAUGCUGCCAAACAUCUCCACAACUGCAGUGCAUCAAAGGGAAUAAGAAGUCUUUCAUUCAUUCAUUUUCUACCGCUUUUUCCUCACGAGAGUUGCGGGGGUGCUGGAGCCUAUCCCAGCUGUCUUUGGGCGAGAGGGGGGUACACCCUGGACACGUCGCCAGCCAAUCACAGGGCACAUAUAGACAAACACUCAUUCAUACCUAUGGACAAUUUGGAGUCGCCAAUUAACCUAGCAUGUUUUUGGAAUGUGGGAGGAAACCGGAGUACCCGGAGAAAACACACACAUGCACGGGGAGAACAUGCAAACUCCACACAGAGAUGGCCGAGGGUGAAGGGUGGAAUUGAACCCUGGUCUAGCUGUGAGGUCUGCACGCUAACCACUCGACCGCCGUGCCGCCCAAUAAGAAGUCUUGUUCAUUACAAAAUAGCACUGCAGAACUAAUCUGCCUCUAUAGUCCAAGAACUGUGGCGAAAAACGAGCGAUGAGAGCCAUAAAUUGGGGAGAAAAAAAAACAAAAAACACUAACGAGGGUCUUAUUUCCUGUUCUUUGGUUAUCAUCACACUUGUUCUCUUUGCCAUUCAUGCCAAACCCUUCUAUGCAAACAAGCAAAACUGGCUUGAGGACUUAAUGAAGUCAUGCAUGAGGCUACUUUGAUGCACUCCCAUCAUAAUGUGUUUGACUUUAGAGGCAUAUUUUUCCAGAAAUCAAUGUCCAGCGCUGUCAUGCUGCAUAAAAUGUAUGUUGAUUUGGGAUUUUGGAAAUGCAAAAUCCGCAUAAAGUCCCUUUACGUUACAUUUCCCCAUUCCCCACCCCCAAGAUAUGUUGUAGAAGUCUUUCGAAACAUGAUUUGGCAGCAUGGAUUCAGGUGUGUACAUCAUUUGAUGUAUUACAAACACGACUUUACAUUAAAAAAAUCUAUAAACCUAUCAC